AUGGUUAUACUCAGCUCAGAAUAUUCAUGGAUGGAUGACUAUGGCGCUAGGCAGCAGGCGCCAGAAUGUCCUCUUGAUGCCAGCACGCACACAUGCGCUGAUGGCGGUGACAUGUUGGCUGGUUUUGGUCUAUCUGCUGUUACUCAAGAAGCGAGCACUACCUCGACUAUCCAGAUAACUGAUAACCAGCAGCCCCUAUCGCUUGACUACCCUGCAUUAGUCGUUAAUCAGUGUAUCAACUUUGACUCACUUUUUACAGAUGCCAGCUUUGCCUCCCCUAACCUAAAUCUCGAUUCUACAGACAUUGGGCAAGACAUUGAGUUUCUACCCACCUUUCCAGGUUACGCUCCAGCCCAACAAAUCAUCGAUGCAGAAUCCUUCUACCGCAAUGCUGCAUCGCCACCUAUCUACCAGUAUACGGGCCUAGCUAUUGGAGAUGAAGCUACAAAUCUACUUGACGUAAAUACAGCGCUAUCAAUACAACACACUCUAGAUAUGAGUUUACGCGAAGAACUAGAGAGGUCAAUCUUACGAGACGUACCCUGCGUUCUAGAUCUUGGAGCCGGAUCAGCGACUGAGUCUAGGAGAGAUUCUAGAAUCACUAGCAAGGGUCUGCAGCUCAAUUACGAGCAAACGCUGCAGAAUGCAGAGAGACUCAACAAGCAGGACGAGAGGAUUAGAGAGCUAGAGCUAUCUCUGCAACAGCUAGAGCAGGCCCAUUCAGAGCUGCCAGAAGCUUUUAUUGAUAUCCCUAGGCAAUGGGUAGAGGUGCAGACAAAUAUCGAGCAGUACUUAAAGCGGUUUACAGACUGGGCAGAGGAGCAUAUGCAAGCUAGUGCAGGCGAUGCGGCCCAAGUGAAGGAUAGGGUGAAGGAGUUGGAGGCCGAAGUGCGGGCGUUAAGGCAACUAGGACAUGAAAGGAAAGUUGGAAUGACACGGGUUAAAACCGAUACUUCCAAGGAGCGCUAUCUUGAUCGUUCUACUUGGUACUUGCUUAAGGCAAAAAAUAGUGCAGAUGCGUAUAAUCAGAGGUUUGCAGAAGUGGUGGGUGCGCAAUGA